GCUCGCUGCGCUCGCUCAUCAGACCGGUCGUAGACGGAGGCCGUCAAGUCUGGCGCGCGUGCAUCGUGGAGGCUCACUUCGCGAGUGUCAUUCGGGCGAGUCGCAUCGGCACGAAGGUUUUCUCGCCGCGUGUGUGCGUUCAACGACGACGAGUGCUAUGUGCAUAUUGUCUGCGAGCUAGAGUCGACGGUUGAAACCUUGUGGCGCACACCGUGCAAGCGACGCCGCUCCGGGUGUGUUGCAUCGGGACGUGUCGUCUGCUCAGCGGCAAGGAUCCAAGAUGGCAGCGCCCGGCAGUACUUCAAGAGGAGCAGCGAGUCUGUUUGCGAGAUCGCUGUGCGGGUUGCUGCUCUGUCUUCUGUUGAAAUGCGUCGUGCUGGCUUACGGCAAGCAGAUCACGUGCGCCUGCACGACGCAGCACUGCCGCGAGCAGGGCACGAGCCGCUGCAACACGACGUCCAUGUGCUACACGCAGUACCUGCAGAGCCGCGACCCGAACACGGACCCGAUCACGCGCGGCUGCAUCAACAGCCGCACGCCGCUGCUGUGCGAGAACCGGAGGCCCGCGGUGCACUCGGCCGCCCGGUGGCCCCAGCUGGUCUGCUGCAGCGCCAACCUCUGCAACGAGGGCGUGCUGCCGCCGCCGCUGCUCGCAGAGACGGCGUCAUCGUGGCCUGCGCUUCGACCCGAGGCAAGCAGCAGCGGCGGGAUCGACGGCGUCUCCACCGAGUUACCGCAGUCGCCGCCGAACAACGAGGACGAAGACGUCGGCGACGACCGGCUGCUGAGCCCCGUGCACGUCGCGGUGCUGUCGGUGGGUGCGUGCGCGCUGUUCGCCGUCGCACUUCUCGUCAUCGUGGCCCUCGUGAGACGCCACGCCGGACUGCUGGGUGCGCGCUACGUGCGCGGAAACUACAUCAAGGGUCGUCGCCAGAGCGCCUCCGACGACGGCGCGCCCAACGGAGGCACCUACGACAACAAGAUGGCCGUCGUCUCCUGAUCGGGACCGGUCGAUCGACUCGAUGUGUUUUCGUGUGGCCACGCGACAACCGCAGAGACUAGUUCCUAAAGUGAACUUAGGUCGGGACGGACACUUUCGAACCUGUGUGUGACCUCUCGGUGAUCAGCAUGACUUGGCGAAGCGUUGAAUGGCCCUGCAGUUGGGACUCUGGUGCCUGGUACAGUUCCCGCAAAGUUGUUGCGGAGAACCACUUGGGACUGGAACCGCGGGGAGUACAAGCACGGCACCUUUGUCAGAAAACCAUUCUUCCCGACUGGAAGACCUGAACACUAGCGCAACCUUUUCUUCAUGGUUCAUCGAAGGUUAUCCUGAAAGUGACUGCCCUUGUGCGAGCGGCGCUGCAGUGUCGGUAUUUCGUGCCCGAGUGUGAUCCAUUCUUUCAAUUAUGGAGGUCAGUUUCGCCGCAGGCUCUGGGACACGCGAUUUAUGACCCCCGCGAGCAACGCCUUAUCUAGGUCAUCAAUCCACUUGUGGAACGCUUCUGAAAGGCCAAACUUGCGCGUCCGGUUGCGUGUCCGCCUGGUGGUAUGCGUAGUACACCUCAGGUGCUUUUGCGAGGGUCAUUGAGGUAUGUCGUGGCGGACGUGGUAUUGUCGAUUCCGAGGAAAUUCGAGAACCCUGCGGGGUAGACGUGACAUCCCCGCGGCUCCCUCACGCGCGAAGCCUUGCGGUAGCACUGCGAUUGAGCGCACAUCAGCGAUGACCUUCGGCGAGGACGUUCCCGAUGGCCGAUCGCGGUCGUUACCGUUUCCUGUUCGCCAUUCGCGGCCAAGAAUCGGCGCUACCUGUUCCGUUAAAUGCCAGCCCUCGAACCCACUCGUGGGUCACGAUCCGGAGCAGGACUUGUGUAGACUAGCGCCGGCCUUCGGAUGGAAUAAUCGACACCUUAUUUAAUUAGGUAGUUUGUUAUAAAGGCUCACACGGCCAAUGAAAUGUCAGCUUUUCGUCGGGAGCUUAGCGUAUACAUGCGCUUGUCGCAGCAGUGGCCGACACGCACAGUUCGGCGAAAUCGCGUUGCUGGCCGGCUGCCUAAAUCUGGAGCUUCGUAAGUUACCAGUCUUGGACCGAGAUGAAUUGGGUCAGUUCGACUAAAUUCAAUCAAGUUCGCCAGACUCCGAAAAGAAUGGCAAUGCUGUUCUGGAAGCCUAUACGUUAGAGCGAUGACUUAAUGGAUUCGUGAUUAAUUAAACGCAGGUAUUCUUAUUCAGCUCGCAUAGAAUAUUAUAUAAGAGAGCCGCGACUCGCCGGACGGUAUUCCUAAGCAAUUUGAAAGGACCAUUGUAUAAAGAACAAGCUCAUACUUUAUUUUUUCUUUCUAGGCGGACAGCCUACAAUAACACACACAAAAUAGUUCAGCACUCGCGCUAGUUACGCACAUCCAGUACUAAAUACAGCCCAAUAGAGGCGUUUAUUCAGGGAUCAACUUAACAAAUUGUGUCUCCAUCAUUAACAUAGUGUUGUUGAGUUAAGUCUGUGCGUACCGAACGCUCGAACAAUCAUGUUGUACUCGUCGUUUUCAUCUCCGCCUCCCCGAAACUCUGGAACAACAUUAAUCGCUGCCUGCGGUGCGACCUGUUUCGUUUCCCCUCCAUCGAUCGUUGGUUGUGGUGUGCCUCGUGCCCCCCCGUCCCUGGUUGUUUCUCGUGUUGUUUUUUGUUUUAUGCUGUUGAUCGUAUAAGGGUUUGUUGUACGCGUCCUACAGAAUGUACGGCGAAAGUAUUCCUUUUCGGAAUCUGGACUGCCCACACGCACACUUAGCACUAUACUCUACGAAUCUGUGCACUGUAAAUAGUCGCCCUGUGAGAAGCCAACUUUUUUUUUAUUUCUUCAUCUACGCUAUAUACCUGACCCACCACACCCCACCUUAGUCGCUGUGAUAGGGUUUUU